AUGUUCGGGAAGAGCUAUUCGUCUGCUUUCCUUUCGCCCUUCGUGUCUUUUCGCGGGCCUUUGACCUGUGAAGUUUGCAAGUCUUCAGUUCGCCUAAGUCGAAACUGGUCUAUACACUUUUCGGCAGGGUCGAGGAAACGUUUGUUCGUGGAUAGUUCGCUCCCCAAACUUUUUUGCACCGUGGCGCAGAAUGGAGUCGCUACUUAUGGUGGUAUCCAGCACGCGGGGAUCAUCGUGAGUGAUCUGAACCGUUCGCUCGAUUUCUACGUCGGUGUGCUUGGUAUGGAAGACGACUCUCACCUCAGAAAUCCAAAGUUACCUUUUGGAGGAGCUUUCGUGAAAGUGGGUGCAACUCAAAUUCACUUGAUGGUGGCAGACAAUCUCGAAAUACCGGAACCCAGCUUUCGGGAAAACCGACCCGCGCAUGGAGGCAGGGACUACCACCUCGCCAUGACGGUCGACGCCCUUGAGCCUUUGGAACGAAGGCUACGUGAAAAAGGCAUACCCUUCACGAUGAGUCGAAGCGGCAGAAGAGCGCUUUUCUGCAGAGAUCCUGAUGGGAACGCGCUCGAGUUUAUUGAGACGCCUGCGCUUCGGACAAGUUCUUCUUGA